CGUACAUUCACUGGCGGUGGUUAUGAGUAUUCUAGCUAUCGGUUUAAGGAAUCAAAAGUUGAGAUCUUUGAAACUUGAAACCGGCUCCUCACUUUUCACUGGACGUCUUGCAUCGGCGAAUAAUGAGCGUAACACAACCUUUGAGUUCCACUCCUGAAAAGGAUCCUAACGUUAAAUCUCCCCAUUUAAGCACAAGUUGUUCUCAUUUGCCAGUCAAAUUUACUUGUGAACCGGACCAAGGAGAGUCAGACGAUUCUGGUUGCCAAGCCCAAAUAUCUAUUCCGAACGAUAUGGUUUGUAAUAAUAUGAAAUUUAUUGGUGAUCAGUUUAACAACAGUAAAAGUAAGAGCCCGGUUAUCUCAGACCGUCUUGGACAUAGUGCUCUCAAAAGCACUCUAAGCAGUUCAUUCGCAUCUAUACCAAACCACCUAAGAUCUGCAGAAUAUAAAAAUAACCAACAGAAUAAUAGCAAAUUAUCUUGUCAAAACGAUACAGUGAAUUCUCUGCUAACAUCUAAAACAAAUUUAUCAUCUUCAUCGUCGAUAAUUGGCUCGCAUAAAUUGCAUCAAAGUAGUCAAAAUAUUCCAUCGAUUGGUUUGCGCUCCAAUUCCAACUUGACCAUAUCAUCAUUGUCAACAGUUCAAAGCCGCCAUGUUGCAGAUUCUAGUUCUACAAGUUUAUGUGCCUUAUCCAGCCAAAAUGUUUCAAAGUCAAGUCGAUCUCGACCUAGACGUUUCGCAAAUCUUUACAAUUCGUUAACCCCAUCCUACCGAACAAAAUUGGAACAGUUUCGACGUAUUUUUCGUGAUACUCCUGUUGACACUGAACGAUUACUUGUAGAUUAUUCAUGCGCUUUAUCUAAAAAUAAUAAUGGUCUAUUGCUUCAAGGUCGAAUGUAUAUUACUGAAACAUGGGUAUGCUUUUAUUCGAAAAUUCUUUAUGAACAGAAAAUAUUUUUGGCUGUCAAUGAAAUUGUUGCAAUUACCAAAGAGAAAACUGCUCGUGUUAUACCAAAUGCAAUUCAAAUUUUAUAUUCUAAAAAUCAUGAACGAUUUUUCUUCACAUCAUUCGCUUCCAGAGAAAGAUCUUAUGCAAUAUUACGCAAAGUUUGGGAAAAUUGUCGUAAUCACCAGACACUUGUACAAAUAAAUAAGACAAUGAGUAUUGAUGAAAUAUUACAACAAAUACGCGAUAUGUAUGGUGAUUAUAGUUUAGCUAUGGUUGAAGACGAAGAAGAUACAGAUGGUGAUGCUGAAUUAGUGCCGAAUACGUUUCCACAUAGGCUGCGGAAUUUAUCCGAUUCAUCUCUGUCUUCGCAACUCACUGGUCCAUCAAAGUCAGCUUCACUUGAAGAUGUAUGCCAUUCUGAUCAGCCCGCUAAUCCCGACCGUUCUUCUAAAUGUUCCGUACUAGGAACUACGGAUGAUGAAUCAAAAGUUGUUGUAUCCGAUGCUGAUAUUCCUCUUAAGCGUGUUCCAUCCUUUUCAGAUCCUAGCCACUCUAAUACAAUUGGGGAUGAACCAAAGUCUCAAGAACUAAGUACUAUCAAACGUUGUCCAACUCCUGAAGUGAAAUAUCAUUUAACAUCAGGAACUACACCUAAUGAAGUUAUGUCAGACAGUUUUCAAGUGUCUCAUAAAUCUGGUAAAGAAAAAAAGAAGCGUACAAGAAAAAAACGUCUUGGAUCCCGUCAUCAUGAUGAAAUAUCGAAUUCAAAACUUUUAGAACAUAACUACCUCAAUACUCAUGAUGCAUCACCUCCGGAUACAUCUAUAGUAAGUUCCGUGGAACCUCCUGUCACAUGUGGUCCAGGUCAUGAUCAUCCAGGUAGAGUGUAUGCAAAUACUGAAAUCCCACUGAAUGUUAACUCAUUGUUUCAGUGUAUUUUUACUGAUUCCGAAUUCUUCUCACGAUUCAGCGAACAUCGUGGUACAUUCGGCAUGAUUCAAUCUCCUUGGCCAGUAUUCAAGUGGUCUAGUCCUGCAGAGUAUUUAGAUCAGUUUGACACUUCUAGCAAAAUUGAACGAACUAUUACCUAUACAUUGACAUUAAAGCAAAAACUUGGCCCAAGAACAUGCACUGCAGUAGAACAACAGACUCUUCUCUUAGGUGAAUCCAUACCUGGGAAAAGAUAUAUAAUUGAUGCUAAAGUCACAAAUCAUGCUGUUCCACUAAGUAAUUGUUUCUAUGUAGUUAGUCGUUAUUGUUUAUUACGUGUAAAUCGUACAACUAGCCAAUUACAUGUUAGUUCGCAAGUUAUAUAUGAGAAACCAGUUUUUUUUGGAGCAAAGAGUAUUAUAGAAAACACUUGUCAUUCUGGUCUUUCCGAUUUCUUUGAUACAAUAACUGUUCAAUUAAAAGAAUUUGCUACAAAUUUAUCCUUGGAAGAACGUUUAACUGGUGGUUGGUUAACACAACAGAGAGGAUGUUUAAACAAUAUUACUCCUUCGUUGAAUCCAUCGAAUAAUCAAAAUAAUGCAACGUUAAUUCAAAAUGUUAAUAGUAAUCAAAAUAAUCGUAAACUUAAUAAAGCUGAUGCAUCGUAUACAGGGAAUGUAAAUAGUAAUAAUGUUCCAGUAUCACGAUAUUCUGAUCGAAUAAAACCAUCUGCAUUUAACAAUUGUAUAAAUGAUAAUACAAAUAUUAAAAAACAAAAUAAAACUACAUUAUUUGGAUCUGGUGAUAUGACUUAUUUAUUUAUGCGUCCAGAUCGCGCUUGGUUAUUAUUAGUUAUUAUAGGUUUAUUACUUUGUUUAUUCUUAUCAAUGGUAUAUAAUCGGCUGGUAGUUUUAGAAAAACUAGCGGAACAAUUCCCACCAGCAACCCGUGAUCGAAAUCAUUAUCAGGAUUUGUUUGGGACAUCGCCAUUCACAACUCAAGGAGAUCGAGGAUCCAUCCCAGUUUACAAGGAUCAUUUAACUUCUAAAUCACCUGAAUGGGCAAGAACACGAUUAAACGUAAUGAGGGACCUAAUACAACUGUUAUCUAAAACACUUACCCAGAUGCAGCAGACAUUGGCACAAGUACAACAGGGCAUAGAACUACUAGAAGACCCAUCAUCUAACUUGGAAAAUAAUAUUCAAACAAGUAUGAAUAUGAAGAGUCCUGAAAAUACAGCGAUGAAUUGUCCAGAUACUCAAACUAAAUCUGUACCUUAAUAAUUAUCACCAUCAGGCUAUUUUUUUUUUAACUUAAAUGCUAACUCACUAGUCGGUAUCAUGUUUAUUAAUUUCUGAGUUUAAGUAAGAUAAUCAGUCUAUUUAUCUUAUAAUUACCAGGAAAUGUUGAUAUUUUUACCUUUCUGGAACUGUGAUAACUUUAUUUACAUAUUAAUGGUCAACCCAUUGUACUAUUUUGUAAUACCUUUUUAGUGGUCUUUUUUUUCUAAUCCCAGUGAACGGAAACGAGUUCUGUGUAAAGGGUACAUUGUAACUAUUAACUCAUCUAUUGUAUUUUUUUCUUCAUCAGAUAAACACUUACACUACUAAUGUUACUUGACAUUCAUGACUGAAAUCCACAUUAUGUUCAAUUUGCUUUUUAUUUUCCUUGAAUUUAUUAUACAUUUCUAUUUCACUGGGAUGUUUCGUCUUUUCUAAACUCAUAAUAUUAAUCAUAUUGGUCUUUUCAUUUCAACAAAAAUAUAUACCAUCAUUGAAUAGAUUAAACCAGUUCUCUUAUCACUUCAGAAAUAUAGAUCAUUGCUUAAACUGAUG